GCCAAGAAAAUCCCAAAUGACAUCAUGAAGAGUCGGACACAACUGACCACCCCAAAAUUAUAGUCAUUAUUAUUUCCAUACAUAUGAGUCCUCUACCUCUUUCUUUGAUCUCUGAAGAAUAAGCUUAGUAGUGAUACUGAUAGGUCAAAGUAUAGGUAUAUUUUGAUGCCUUUUUAGGGUUAGUUCCACAUUGUCUCCCAGAAUGGCUGGACCAUUUCACAGUUCCACAGGUAAGUGGAGCCUACGGUAUAAAUGUGCCUGUUUUUCCUCAGCCUCUCCAACAAAGUCAUUUUCAUUCUGUCACCUUAGUCAGUCUGGUGGAUGGCAGGGAGGCCUCAGCGUCUACAGCAGAACUGCACAGGUGCCCAGACGAUCCUCCUGAGGCAUGCAGGGCCCCUCCCUUGCCAAGACGUUUUCAGUGGCUUCGCAGUGCCUCCCGGCUACCACACGAACGCAUGGGUCCGGCAUCUCGUGCCUCUGCCAUCUUUCAAGCACGCUCCUCGGCUUAUAUCAUACCAUUUGCCCUGGUGUAGCCCAGACACCCGCCAGACGGGCUCCUGGCUGUUCCCAACACUGGUUCUGCAGGAAAGUGAAGGGAGAAUUCUGAGAGAAGUCAUCCAGCCCGAGUCCUGAUCCAGAGCCAGGAGAGAGCAGAUCUUGGAGCUGCCUGCGGGGGGAGUGGUGCCUGAUUCUCUCGCCCCUGGGGAAAGUGAGAGCAUUGAGAAGAUGUCGGGGAUGAAGACUCCCAAGGAGAAAGCUCCACCUUCUCAAGACCAGAACAUGAAAGAGGAUCAUAAGAGAAGAGGUCACAAGAGAAGAGCAGGUGCUGCAGUCCACUUGGCCAGAAUUCAGCCCACUCCCAUCUUGCAAAAGAGGACGUCGUUCUCUGGUAAUCCAGACUGUGAAGAGGCACUGGGGCACCUGACUCUUUCUUCUAGGACACAGACCAGCCUGAGAAGAGCAGGAUUGGUGACCUUCGAAGAUGUGUCUGUGGACUUCUCCCGGUCUGAGUGGAAACAGCUGAAACCUGCCCAGAGGGACCUGUACAAGGAUGUGAUGCUGGAGAACUAUAAGAACCUGGUCUCCCUGGGGCUUCAGUCUUUUAAACCAGAAGUGAUCUCCCGGCUGGAGCAAGGAGAGGUACCAUGGAUUCUGGCUGACCAUGUCCCAAAAGAAUUUGCGUUGGAAAGGAUCCGUGGGGUCUUCAAGUCUCCUAAGUCAUCCAGCAUCAGCUCAGAGACCCCCCAGGGAAAGGAAACCCACUCUCUUCCCAGAUGGCUCAUUCUACUUUACACUGGGCAAGAUUCCCUUCAUCACAAGACUAUCUGUGGGACCAAGAAGUCAACUGUAAAGCAGGAUCUCUGUGUAAGAGAAUCUUCUAAGAAAAGAUGCACAAAAGAUAAUUCACAAGAUUCAAGGCUUAGAAAAGUUUCAGGAGGCAAUAGCAAGUCAGAGAUACGGAAGGAAAAGGUGGAAAAACAAUCCAAGAAGGAAGCACUCAAUCACAGCAAAACUUCCAAUGAGCCAAGGGCCCAGAACUGCAAUACAUUUGAGAGAAAAUGUAGCCCAGUGUCACUACCUACUUCACAACAGUCAGUUCCAGUGGAAAGAAGUGUCCAUAAAUGUGAUAUAUCUAGAGAGAGCUUCUUCAGACAGCUUUCAGAACUAAUUAAACAUAGUAAAAUCUCCUUUGGGAAGAAUAUUUGUAAGUAUAAUAAAGAUAAGCAGACUUUCAGUAACCACGCAGAUUCUACUCAAAACCAUGAAAGAUGUAAUGGAGAAAAACUUGGCAAAGAUAAUAAAUGUGGGAAGGAUGACGUGCCCAAGAAACCCCAUACUGAACAUCAGAGAAGCCAUACUAAAGACAAACGCAAUAGAUGUAACGAAUGUGGGAAAACCUUCACACGAAGCACAGGACUUUCUGAACAUAAGAAAAUUCAUAAUGGAGAGAAACCCUUCGAGUGUGAUGAAUGUGGGAGAGCCUUCACAGCACAGGGAAGACUUAAUGAACAUCAGAAAGUUCAUACAGGAGCGAAGCCUUAUAAAUGUCAUGAAUGUGGGAAAGCCUUCACUGGAAGAGGGCGGCUUAAUGAACACCAGAAAGUUCAUACAGGAGACAAGCCCUAUGAAUGUAAUGAAUGUGGAAAGGCCUUCAUACAGAAGGGUACACUUCUUGAACAUCAGAAUGUUCAUACUGGAGAGAAACCCUAUGAAUGUAAACAGUGUGGGAAAGCCUUCAGACAGAGGGGACAACUUCGUGAACAUCAAAAAAUUCAUACUGGAGAGAAACCUUAUAAAUGCCAUGAAUGUGGGAAAGCUUUCUCAGGAAAGGGACGACUUACUGAUCAUAAGAAAAUUCAUUCAGCAGAUAAACCCCACAAAUGUAAUGAAUGUGGGAAAGGUUUCAUCCAAAAGUCGCACCUUACUGACCAUCAAAAAGUUCAUACGGGAGAGAAACCCUAUAAAUGUAAUCAAUGUGGGAAAGCUUUUGUAAAGAAGGCGCUACUUAACGGACAUCAGAAAAUUCAUACUGGGGUGAAACCCUAUGAAUGUGAUCAUUGUGGGAAAGCCUUCACACUGAAAGGACGACUUAAUGAGCAUCUGAAAAUUCAUACUGGAGAGAGACCCUAUGAAUGUAAUCAGUGUGGGAAAGGUUUCAUUGUGAAGGCACGGCUUACUGAGCAUCUGAAGAUUCAUACUGGUGAGAAACCUCAUAAAUGUGCUGAAUGUGGGAAAUCCUUCACACAAAGUGGACAACUUACUGAACAUCUGAGAAUUCAUUCUGGUUUAAAACCUUUCAAAUGUAGUCACUGUGGGAAAGCUUUCACACAUAAGGGACGACUUGGUGAACAUCAGAAAAUUCAUACUGGAGAGAAACCCUAUGAAUGUAGUCAGUGUGGCAAAGCCUUCACACAAAGUGGACAGCUUAAUGAACAUAUGAAAAUUCAUACUGGAGAGAAACCCUAUGAAUGCAAGCAGUGUGGGAAAGCCUUUACACGGAAGGAAAGACUUAGUGAACAUCAGAGAAUUCAUACUGGAGUGAUACCCUAUGAAUGUAGUGAAUGUGGGAAAGCGUUUACGCGGAAGGAAAGACUUAGUGAACAUCAGAGAAUUCAUACUGGAGCAAAACCCUUUGAAUGCAGUGAAUGUGGAAAAACUUUUAGUCGUAGGACAUCCUUUUUUUAUCAUCAGAAGACUCAUACUACAUAAAAACCUUAUGAAUGUAAUGAAUGUGGGAAAAUCUUUGGUCAUAGAAUAUCCCAUGUCAUCAGAGAAAUCUUACUAUAAAAAACUCUGUGAGUGUAAUGAAUGUGGGAAAGCCUACAGCAACAGCUCAAAUCUUAAAAAAAAAAGAAAAGUAUAAGGUAGUUUAUAUCAGAGAGAAUCUCUGUGAAUGAGAGUAUAUGAAAUAUAAUUUUAUUAUCAAGUUGUUCACACUGGAGAGAAACCAUAUGAAUGUAGUGCAUGUGAUAAAGCUUUCAGCAACAACUCAGACCUUAAGAGCCAUUAAAAAACCUAUAGAGAAGGGAAGUCCAUAAAUACAGUGAGUCAGAGUCCUCAGCAACAACUUGAGUGCUAUAAACCAUCUGUGAACUCAUACAUUCUUACAAAAAAUGAGUGUAAUGAGUAUGUGAAACCCUUCAAACAGAUAAGAUGGCUUAUUAAAUAUCAGAAAAUUCAUGCUGGAGAAAAACUCUAUAUCUGUAAUGAUUUCUCAAUCCUGUGCUAACCUUGCAUCCCUGGUGUAAAUCCAACUAGAAACUAAUGAGUAGUUUUGGGAUAUAUAGCUGUAAUCUCUGUUAAAUGUUAUUUAAACAUUUUGCAUCAAUACAUUAAUCUUUAGGUUUUUUUCUCUGCUUUAUCCCUUCUUGGUUUAGGUAUCAGGACCAUUUUUGUCUCAUAAAAUGAGAUUGGUAGAGUGCCUUCUUUAUUAUUGAGAAAAGUUUUUAAAAUGCUCCUUUAAAAUGUUUUUAAGAAUUCACUUGCUAUCCAUUUGGACCAGAAGUUUUUGUUUGGUAGCUCAAUUACGGCUCAUUCAACUUCAGUAUGUAAGACUGAGUUAAAUGGCACCUCUGUUUUUUGUUUUGGUAAUAUUGUUAAUUAAUAUUUUUGUAAAUGACCCAUUUUUAAAAAAUUUUCAGUCUUUCCAGCAUCUUCAUUGUGUAUAAUAGUUUCUUAUAAUACUUUGUCUGUUCGUUAUAAAUCACAUUGGUUAUUUUCAUUUUG